UUGAUGUUAAAAGUUUGUCCUCUAGAGGGAGCUGUAUCUUGUGUGUUGUAUAUCUGGGUUCAGAGCACUUCCUUUGUGGGGGUGGAGCUAUGACCUAGUCACAUUUUCUCUUUCCUGUUGGAAAGGUAAGAUAUGCUCUGUUUCCCUCUUUUGCAAUCCUUAUAAAUAAUUCUUUUAAAAUGACCAUCCAUGUUAUUUGGGAUCAUUUUCUAACUUUAUUGCUGUUAGCUAAAAUAUACAUGGAGUUAUUGAAGGCAGAUGAACAUUUAAAAGCAGUAUUUUGUGCACUUAUGUGUUGCACCAUGAUGUCUGGCCUAUCCCAUGUUAUUGUUUCAUUAUUUUACUUGAUUUAAAGACAUUUCAUUUUAUAUAUAUUUCAAUAUGUUUUGCAUUUUUUGUAUUUAAUUGGAUUUGACUUUAGUUUUGAUCCUUUAUUCGAAUUUACUUGCUCUUAUAUGCAGUUUUCUUCAUAAUUUGUGAUUGUAACACAUUUUCUCUUUCCUGUUGGAAAGUUGGAAAGCUGGGUGGUGAUAAGAGUCUGCAUCAGAGAAAAUAAAGAGAGCUGCCCUGUUCAACCAUCAGUCAAGCCUUGUGUCCUCUCCUUUCCCAUAAAAUUUAAACACAACGCAGAGACUUCUCACUACAGGCAAAUAGGCGAGGGGACAAAGCACAAAUAAGGGUUACAUCUUUGGUGCCGUGACCCGGAUGACUGAUUUCUAUUUAAACUGGAGUAAGCUCUCUGAUUAUGAGAACCUGUAUCCCAGCUGGAUGAUAAGCUGUUUGUUGAUAAGUCUGUAAGGCCCAAGAGGACACUGCAAGCUGCUUAUGCAAAACCUGUGUCACCAUUAGCAGUAAGCCGGCACCAGGAGGACAAUAGUUCCACACCUUCUAUGCAGUUUCAGCCCAAAGUACAUGUACAAGCCACAGCAAAUCCUCCACAAGAUCUCCCAGUCAUCAUACACAUGCCUUCAGCUAGCUCCAUUCAACCAACUACAUUGACCACUAACUCCCAGGUGAGCAUGCACAGCAAUCUUGUAACCAUCCAGACCCCACUAGCUCUUGCCAAUGGACUGCCAAAUGACAUGCCCCACUCUUCAAACUACUUAUAUAAAGCUCCAGUAUCAGCGGCAUCACCCAAAACACAUUUGUCUUGCUACAAUGGGGCAAACCAAGUUCCAUUUAAUACCUCUUAUCCAUUGUCAGCUCCCACAUGUGCAUCUCCUUCUAGCCAGCACCACUCUGCUGCAGCUGCAGUUUUACCUCAGACCAACUUGCAUAACACUUUGAUUGCCAUGCAGGCUCCUCCCUCCUCCUCCUAUAGUGUUCCGCUAGCCAUGUCCAACACCUUACCUGACUCUCAUCUGCCUCCAGUAACUGCCAUCUUAGCUGAAACUAACAAGCCUCAGAAAACAGACUCCAUACCAUCACAUGAAACUUCAAGUGAUAGGCUGCAUCCUGUGCAUUCUAGCCAUGUUAAUGUGCCUUCCUCUUCUCCUGCCUAUGCCCCUAUCGCAAUGUCAUCAUAUCCUGGUUCACAUAUGUAUGCACAACAGCCUCACCUUGUGCCGCAACCUCAUUCUGUGCCCCUGCAUCUGUCUGAUCAGAAAGCUGCACACAUCCAUGUCCCUACACUGACCACAGCACAACCCGGCUUUACACAGACACAUCAGGUGCGAAAUGUACAAGUAUUCAGUGGUGGUCCAGACUGUAGGGUUCUUAUUGAAGAUUGGAUACGAGACAUGCAGUAUCUCCUGGAUGCCGGGGGAAUGCCACAAAAUUUGUGCUUUGCAACAAUAGUGCGACAUUUGAGUGGUGAAGCUAGAAAGCUAGUGCUGAACCUUCCUCCUCCAGAGCAAUAUCCAGGCAGAGCUUUUGAAGAAUUAAGAGCUGAGUAUAGUGAUAUGCAGACAUCUUUGGACCCGUUAGCUGACUUUUAUGAAAGAGGCCAACGUCCUGGUGAGGCAGCGUGCUCAUAUGCCAUAGCACUGGAGUCUACCCUACGCUCAGUAGAAGAGACACAGUAUGGAGGCCAACCGUUUCCAGAUCGAGAUGCCAAACUGACACGGCAAUUUAUGAGAGGGCUGAGUGAUGAAGAGGUUUAUCACAGACUUGCUCCAAUGAAGCCUAGGCUCCUAAGUUUUCGUGAACUCCAAGCAGAACUUCGUAACCUGGCUCGUGAAACAAAGAAGUUUCAGAUGCAGCCAAAAGCUAAAAAGAUGUACAAUCAAGUUCAGUUUACACCUACAAAUGGUCACCAGAGUGGAGAAAAUCUAAGAACUGAGAAAGGAAACCGGUCGAACACAGACCUAUCUGAACUUACAGCCUUGGUAAAGAAACUGGUAAGCAGCCAGGAGGACCAAAUUAGCAGGCUGACUCAGCUGGAAGCCAGAUUUGGAGCUUUACCCAAUACUGCGAGUUCUCAAAGACCUCAAGUAGUUUAUGAUGAUGCAAGCCGAGGAGUGGUAUGCUACCGGUGUGGAAAACCUGGACAUAUUGCUCGUCUCUGCAGGACGGUGCUGACAGAUGAUGCUGCUGGAGCUGAGGGUUUGGGUGAGGCAAGGAAAGAUUUAAACGCGUAGAGCCUGUGGUUACGGGGGCGACCACAGGCAUUGAACAGGUUCCCCAAAAUCAUUUAACAGGCAACCCCAAACCAGCUGGAUCACCCUUGGUAGGACCAUGUAAUGAAGGAAUGGUAGAAGUGAAUGGUGAAAUGUGCAAGGCUCUCAUUGACUCUGGCUCUCAAGUGACUACAAUUACUGAUGAACUCUGGCACAGGCACCCUAUACUAUGUUCCCAGAAACUGCAGCCUUCUGACAUCCCAAUUGAAGGUGCUGCUGGCCAACCUGUAACUUAUGUCGGUGUACUUCUCAUCAACCUUAAGUUUUUAGGAAGAG